UCGUUUGACUUUGAAUUUGAACUUGAAAGCAUUUACAAUAAUUAAUAUUUACAUUAUUUGACUAAAAGUAUGGAAAAUACCAAAAAAACUGCAACAAAAAGAAAGUUGCAAGUAAUAGAAACGGAAGGCGUUCCUAAAAAAACAAGAGUUAAAAAGACUAAAGAUUCUGAAAAAUCUGUAACUGAAAAACAAAUAAACAAAAAAGUUAAUAAAGUUUUGAAAAAGAAAACAACAGAUGAUGAAAGUUGUGAAGACACUGUACCAGCUUUUCAGAUAAAUUUAACAAAUAAAAAUUGGGAUGAAGCAAAGAUUUUAUCUUUUGAAGAAAAAGUUCCUCAAGAGUUAGCUGAAAGGUUUAUUACGUUACUUAACGAAGGAUGCACCUUACCGUUCAUAGCAAGAUAUCGUAAAAAUGUUGUUGAUUAUUUAAAACCUGAUCGCCUUCAAGAACUAUUUGAAAGUUAUCAGAAGGUUAUACAGUUUACAAAGAAAGUGAAAUCUGUGAUAGAGACAUUAAAGAAGUCAAAAAAGCUGACUCCUCAAAUAGAACAGAGUAUAUUAAAUGCCCGUAACUUAUCUGAACUUGAUUUGUUGUACGCACCACUCAAAUCUAACUCAUUAUCAUUAGCUGAAAGAGCUAGGUCACUUGGUAUUGAACCAUAUGCAGUUAAAGCUUUAAAUGGAGAAAAUAUUGUGUUACAUAAUCUAUGUAAUGGUGAAGAGGAAUUGUCAACGGCUGAUAAAGUGGAAUCUCAUAUAACACACAUAGUUGCAGAUAUUAUUUACAAAGACUCGAGGGUUCUGACAGAGAUGAGAAGUUUAAAGGAACAAACAAGAUUCAUAGUACAGAGUAGUCAAACGAAAAGUUCAACAAAAGAAAAAAAAGAUGAAAAUAAAAAAUAUGACAGUAAAUCAGAUCCAGAAACAUAUAAGAUAUAUUUUGAUUGGAAAUGUCCGGUUCAGUUUGUUAAAUCUUACCAAAUAUUAGCCGUUAAUAGAGGGGAGGAUGAAAAAAUUCUUUCCGUCAAAAUAGUGAUUCCUGAUUGGUUUUAUAAUAGACUUGAAAGGUACUGUCUAACACUGUGGAACAGUAAACACUGGGUUAAGAAAGGUUUGAUUGAUGCUUACAAUCGCCUUAUAAAACCUUGGCUCUCUCGACAAGUGAGAUCAGAACUAACAGCUGCGGCACAAAAAGAGGCUGUCAAAACAUUUACUGCCAAUUUAGAGAAGUAUUUGUUAACUGAACCAAUAAAAAAUAGAACAAUAGUAGGCUUGGAUCCAGGGUUUAAAGCUGGGUGUAAGGUUGGAAUUAUAAAUGCUAAUGGUGAAAAGUUAGAUGCUUGUACCAUUCAUCCUGAUUUACGACGUUACAAUGUAAAUGAUCACGCAGCAAAACAAUUAGAAGAAAUCAUAACUAAACAUAGAGUUGAUCUAAUCGGUUUGGGAAAUGGCACUGCUUGCCGAGAAACUGAAACAUGGUUAAAAGAACAUGGGAUAUCUGAGAACAUUCCAGUAAUCAUAGUACCUGAACAAGGAGCUUCCAUUUAUUCUAUCAGCAAAGAAGCCCAAAAGGAACAUCCAAACAUGGAUCCCAAUCUGAUAUCAGCGUUAUCUAUAGCCCGAAGAGUAUUGGAUCCAUUGGGUGAAUUGAUUAAAGUAGAUCCUAAAAACUUGGGAGUAGGACUUUACCAACAUGAUAUUCCACCGAAGAUGUUGGAGACAGCAUUGGAUGCUACAGUUGAGAAAGUUGUCAGUUUAGUUGGUGUGGAUAUUAACACAGCGUCGCAAGCUAUGUUAAGACGUAUUUCAGGUUUAAAUGAAGGCAGAGCUAAGAAGAUGAUAGCAUAUAGACAGGAGAAAGGCGGCUUCAGUACACGAGCGGAGAUACUGAAAGUGAGCGGCAUAGGCAAGAUCACGUACCAGCAAUGCGCGGGAUUCCUCAAAGUGCUGACUGGUUCUGAACCUUUAGACGCAACAAUCAUACAUCCUGAGAGCUACGGUAUAGCUAAGCUAUUUGCCAAGAAAAUUAAUGUCAAUAUAAAAGAGCUAAGUCGACCACAUUUUCCUGAAUCAGUUGAACGUAAGACUGCAAAUAUAGAUCUGAUCGCAACCAGCAAAGAUCUAGAUACAGAUGUGUCUACUUUAGAACUGAUAAUAAGUGCAUUCAAACAAAAACCUUAUGAAGAUAAUGUUAUAAGUUUCUGUCGACCUGUUUAUUCUGUAACUAUACAGACGACGGAGCAAAUCGCUAAUGGGACAACUUUGACAGGUGUGGUCCGUAACGUGGUUCCUUUUGGUUGCUUCGUGGACUGCGGCGUUGGUGACAACGGUUUGAUACAUAGAAGCAAUUUAGGCGGAAAUCAAACACCAAAACUAGGUGAUAGGGUAUCUGUCACUGUUAUAGGCACACCAAAACCAAAAAAAUUACAACUCAAACUUGACAAGAUACUUAAUUGAAUUUAAUC